ACGAGCCUGCGUGAUGAGGAGUGUGGCGCGCGCCGGUCUGCUUGCGCAUGCCCAGUGCUUGAAAGCUGAUGCAAGAAACGGGAGCCGCACGGAGGAAGGAGAGAUAGGUAGUGAGUGGUGAAUUCAGACUAAUAAUACAAAACUUGCAGUUAAUACACACAAGCAAAACAGUCAUGUCUGGAGACGAGAUGAUUUUUGACCCCAACAUGACCAAGAAGAAGAAGAAGAAGAAGAAGCCCUUCAUGCUGGAUGAGGAGGGGGGAGAGAUGCCCAGUGAGGACACCCAGCCAGCUGAGGCCAAGGAGGCUGAGCCCGAGGCCGUGGAGGAGGAUUGCGAUGUGGAUGACGAUGACAGCAGAAAGAAAGAAGCAUCGUAUGAUCUGGAUGACUUGAUCUUUUUCAAUCAGAAGAAAAAGAAGAAGAAAAUUAAAAAGAAAUUUGACGAUGAAGGCGAGCAAAGCUUGACGGCCGGUGUGAUGGAUAUUAAAAUCGAGGGAGAGCCGACGGAAGCGGUAGAUGAUGACAACGACCUCGACUUGAUGCUGCCCGACAAGAAGAAGAAACCCAGGAAAGUUGUUUUUCAAGACGAGGGUGAAAUGCAGGACAGAGAAGCACUGGAUGAUGAUGAAGAAGGGAAGAAUAACGAUGGCAUCACGUUCGUUUCUCAGUCUGGACCUGCCUGGGCUGGCACCGAGCGAGACUACACCUAUGAUGAGCUACUGUAUCGUGUGUUUAAUAUCAUGAGAGAAAAAAACCCGGACAUGGUCGCUGGAGAAAAGAGGAAGUUUGUCAUGAAACCACCCCAGGUGGUGAGAGUGGGGACUAAGAAAACUUCAUUCGUCAACUUCACAGAUAUCUGCAAACUGUUGCAUCGUCAGCCGAAGCAUCUCCUGGCGUUUUUAUUGGCUGAGUUGGGUACAAGCGGGUCUAUAGACGGCAACAACCAGCUUGUCAUCAAGGGAAGAUUCCAACAGAAACAGAUCGAAAACGUCUUGAGGAGAUACAUCAAGGAGUAUGUGACCUGCCACACUUGCCGGUCCCCAGACACCAUCCUGCAGAAAGACACCCGUCUGUAUUUCCUGCAGUGCGAGACGUGCCACUCGCGCUGCUCUGUGGCCAGCAUCAAGACUGGCUUCCAGGCCGUCACGGGCAAGAGAGCUCAGCUCCGCGCCAAGGCCAACUAGUGCGCUAGCGAACUGGAUCCCUUCCUCGUGUGUGGGGGUGGCGAAGGCACAGGAGUGACCUGGGUGGACUAUUUUACAAACUGUGGGUGGGUUUUAAGCAGCUUAAAGAGCAUGGCAACUGACAAAGGAUUGUGGCGUAUUCUGUGAAGCGCUCUCCGUAGUUCAUUGUGUGAUUUCUGCACAUCUGUGUUGCUGCCAUCAUCUUUCCAUUCUGCUUGCAAGGAAUUUUUUUUUUUUUUUUUUUAAAUGGGGUAACAUCGUGAACUUGAAUUGUCAACACCUAGCAUUUUUUUUGCUACUUGCCUGUUACCCCUAAUAAAACAAUGACAAAAAAACAUUCUGGGGUUGCAAACUGUGUUGUAGGGCCACUUCAGAUUGGUGUUAGAGGUGAUUUGCAGCUUCUCAAAAGUGCUUUUUAAAGGUUUCUGCAGAUGUGGGGAGGAAGGGGGGUAUGUGUGUAUAAAUGCACUGUUCUAAUUCUGGUACAGCCUGGUCACUGAUUGUGAUCCAUAACUAUUAGGAGCUUCGAGUGAGGACAGCAGGGGUUGGUGAUAAAAUGUACUAUAACUUUUUUUUGCUUCAUGGAAUUGAACUUUCAUAAUUAAUAGAGCACUACUCUCUCCUGGAGAUGACGACAAAGGCUGUUGAUAUGAGUAAAGCUGACCAGCUUACAAUAAUCAAACACCUUGUUUGUCAAAAAAAACAAUUGUAUUUUAUUUAUUUUUUGUCAGUAGCUGUUUCAACUGCGAGCUGCAAGACAAACGGUCAAGGGAAUGGCACAGUUAGCAUGUUACAGGUCUCUGAAUGUCCUGCUCUAUCACUUCAGAGGCAUUGCAAAUAAAAUGCUCACUUUAUACAA